CAUUAGGGAUUAAACGAUGAUCGAGUAUAAUCGAAAAUUGAUCGGUUAUAGAACUGAUCGGCGAUGAUCGAUUACAAAGUUUAAUAAUCGAUCAUCGGUAAUUUAUUUUCUUGCCGUUACUUUAGUGACUAACUGUAUUAUAACAACACUCAGUUUUGUUUGAAACAUUAAUUUUCAUUUAAUUGAAUAUGAAAGUAUACAGGUGACCAUUUAGUUAAUAGUUGACAAUCAGGCAUGCUAGUUUAAAGGUAUACUAUGCUCAAAUUUGACAUUAGAAAAUAUUUAAAAUUGCUAUACCGUCUACUUGUAGAUAUAAAAUAAACUUGUUUUGACUUCGCAUGCACAAAGAAAAUAUGUUAUGUAUAAAAUUAUUCUACACAUUAUAGGUGGUUGCAAUAUCAAUAUAUAGUGUCAUUUAAAAAACUGGCAGUUUGUUAAGAACAGAUCGACCAACUUAACUAAUGUUCCCAUACAUAGUUUAUUCAUUCCUUAAUAGAAAGUGAGAUAUAAUAAUUUCAUAGAUUUUAAUGAAUUUAUUUUAUUAAAAUAUUUUACUCAAGGAUGAGCAUAGUAUAUCUUAAAACUAAUUUAUUUCAGUUGAUAAAGUGGUGGUCACAUGGAAAUGGAAUUCUUAUAAAUAUUAAAGCAUGAUAUGUACAUUAUACUUUUUUACUUUGUUAUCAUAAAUGUUUCGAUUAUAUAAUCGAUGAUUGAUCGAAAAGGGUUGUUCGAUUAUUUUCGAUGAUCGAUUAUGAUUUUUGUCCGAUUAAGAAACCCUAGCAAACAUUUAGUGGUGUGAGCACCUAUAUAUUGAUGACGUCACAGGGUGAAUCGGAUUUCACGAAUCGAUGGGUAAGCGUCCAGCUGAGCAAGACAGUCAUGGUUGACAUGUUCUGUUGUUCUAAUCUUUGAGCGAUUGUUUUUAGAAGUAAUUUAAAGUUUUUGAACUUUUAGAUAAUGAAUUUAUUUAACAAAUGCAUUUAGAAUAGCGAGCGUGCUGUUCUACCGACAGCUCUCGUUAUUCAAAUAUUAAGAGGAUAUUUUUUGUUUGAGUGAAAUAUUGAAUAUGAUUUUCACGAAACUAAGGCGAAACAUGAUAAAUAAAAAUGCCACAUUUUCACAAGCCGAAAUUUUUUUAUUUAUUUAAUUUCAUCAUCAAAGAAAAAUGGUUACCAACCCCCUUGCUUGUUAAGCAACUGCAUUUGUACAGCUCGCAGUAAUAUAAUUAUUGUCUUGUUUUACAUGCAAUAUUUAGCGCUACAUUGUGACGUCACGUGAACAACUCUUUAACUGUCUGUACAGCAUUAAUGAUUGAUUAAAGAUAUUGGUGUUCUGAUUUAUUUUCUUAGACCAUUUUCUUUCAUUCUAGAUAGUUUUCAGAACAAAAUUCAACAAAAAGUUGUUUUGUAUUCAGGCCUUUUUUCUAUUUUGGGAAAACGCCAAAUGACAAAUUUGGGAGAUUUUAAAAAUGUGACAUUUAUUUGACUGUUAAAGCAUCACAUUUCAUGGGUAAAAUUAAAUAAAUUUUCUCUUUUUUUUUAGCAGGGAUGGAUUCCAGUAGGCCACCUUUAAAUAGUCUUGAUGAUCAACAAAGACCAGUAUUAAAAGGUAAAAAGAGGCAAUAUGAGCAUACAAGACUUGAAUCAAUAAAUGAGGUUUAUAUGAAGGCCUGUUGUGAAAAUGACUGUUGUAGUAACUACUCAGUAGAUGAGAUUUUAAAGGAGAGGGAAUUUUACUGGUCAUUGAGUGUAGAAAAGCAGAGAUCAUUCAUAUUUGCUCAGCUGAGAAACAGUGUUUCUUACCAGUUUGCUGUUUGUGGAAAGAACAUGUGUGAAGUUGGAUGGAGACAGUUAUAUGGAAUAAAAAGAAGAAGAUAUUAUGAAUUGAAAAGAAGAUUAGUAAUCAAGGAGGAGCCAUUGCCGUCAAUUACAAAACUGAAAACACCUUCAAGAGUUAAACUUCAAGCUAGAACAUGGUUACAGAAUUAUAUUCAGUUACAUGCUGAAAGAAUGCCAGACAGAGAAGAAUUACAUCUUCCUCAUUGUGUGUCUAAAGACGCCAUCUUUCAACAAUACCGCUCUGCCAUGAUAGAAGCAUCUGAAAAGCAUCUCAGUGUGUCCUCAUUCAAUGACAUGUGGUUGAAAGGUUUUCCAAAUGUAAAGAUUUCAAAGGGAAAGAAUGGACAACCAAAAUGUACACCUUGUACAAAUAUUGCAGCAGCUUUGAAUAUGUCACUGACUAAAGAAGAAAGGGAAAUGGUUGAGACAAAAAGAAAGUUACAUUUUAAUCUUCAAGGAAUAUGCAGGGCUAAAUACUACAAGCACAUCAAAAAGGCAAGGGAAAAUCCUCAGACAUAUGUAUCAGUUAUCAUUGAUAAUAUGGAUCAAGCAAAAACAAGAUUGCCCAACUUUGCAGUAUAUUCUAAGGUUGAUGCCCAACUUAACAAGAUGCAACAUCAUGUUACUGGAGUCAAGGUUCACAGCAUAGAAAAAACAUUUAUUUUGACAUGGACAGAUAUGUUUCAUCCAGAUUGCAAUGUCACAUUAAAUACUUUGGUAUACGUACUACAUGCAGUGAGUUUGGAAAAUGAUGGAAGGAUGCCACCUACCCUGUACCUACAGGCUGACAAUUCGGGAAAAGAUAACAAGAAUUCUUUUGUGAUGGUGUUUUUGGCCUGGUUAAUAAAAGUCAAAAUUUUCAAGAAGGUGAAAUUAGGAUUCCUGAUGGUGGGUCAUACCCAUGAAGAUAUCGAUCAAGUUUUUAGUAGGAUCAGCACCCACCAAUCUCAUGUUGAUGCCCCGACAUUGCCAGAUUUGCACAAGGCCAUCAGAGACAGCACCACUCCUGCUCCAGUAGUAUCCAGCUUAACUGGAAUAUAUGACUACAAAGAAAAGCUGGAGCAUUGUAGAGGUUUGAUUGAGGGGAUUUCAGCUCCUCAUCAAUUUGUUUUCAAGGAAGUGGACGGGAAAAUUGUAAUGAUCUACAAGAAUUGGCCAAUCCAAACGGAGGAAUGCAGAUCAUUAGACCUCACUGAGCACAUACCAGACAUGCAAAACCUUCAUAGUGCUGCCCUCAACACAAAAAUGGAUGUAGAAUCACAAAAAAUGCAAACAGAUCUUACUAAAUGGAACAAAGGCGGUAGGUUGUCAAGCGACCAUUUGUCCUGGUGGAGAGAGUACCUCAGUAGGCAAUCUUCAGUACAUAUUAAUGUACCAGCGGCCACAGCCUUGCCAACAUUUAGAGAAGUAGAAAAUUGUGCUGAGGACUCCUCCCAUCUCCAGCAGGCAAUAUUGAGAAAUGCUGAAAAGGAAACUCUCAGAACAACAUUGAAGGUAAAAAAGAAAAAAAGACGUUAAGGGGAGGCAACAUAACAAAGAUUAGAGUAAGGGGUUACUUCGCCAAAAUGAAGAUCACUGGUGAAUACAGAACAUUUUUGUGUUGCUUUUGUGUCAUCUGUCCAUCCAUCCAAAACAUGUCUUGACUACUCCUGCUGGUGCAACUUCAUCCAAACUUUACACAAGUGACAAGUCUUGUUGUGCAUUUUGUCAGCAUUACCCAGUUUACUGAUUUUUGUCAGAGUAAUGGCCCUUAAUUGAUGUCUAUUUUUAAAGUUUGUCCGGACUACUUAUCUGAACCAGUAAUGCAAUUUAAGUGACACUUUCCGGAUUUUAUUUAUACCCAAGUUUAUAAAUUGCACAUAGAUAAUUGGUUAAACAGUAGAAUGUUUUUUGAUGAGUUAUAGCUCGUGAAUAAAAUAGGUCUGUUUUGGCCUGUGUCCUGUUUGUGAUUAUUGUGUCUAUUGCUACUUGAUAGUUGCAACAUGUUAUAAAGUAUAUGUGACAUAUAAGAAAAAACUAGUCAUUCACCACUCUAUACAACUGAUCUAUUUACAUUAUCAGGCAGUGAUCACUGUUGCUGAUAUUAUUUAUACAUAUUUUGUUGAGGAUGUCCAGACCUGGGGUAAUCGUAAAUAGCAGUUAUUGAUUUUUUAAUUGAUUGCAUGAUUACACUGUUAUCAUCACGAAAUUGAUUACCUUGCACAAAAUUGGUUUAAUUAAUUGUUAUUAAUCAAUUACAUUGACAUUGAUUACUUUCAGAUUUGACAGGAAACUUUUUUUUUAAUUCAAAGGAUGCCUUUAUUUUACAUGAUACAGUUUAAAUGUUGACUAUAAGAUACAGUUUCACAGAAAGAACACUCAAUCAGGACCACCAUCAUGGUCUCAAUUGCAGGGUGGUUUUAAUUGUGAAUAUUCUUAUCAUUGCUUCAUUCCUUAUGACCAUGUUCUAUUUAAGUCAUUGUGUAUGAACAAACAGUAAGUUUCUUAACCUACAAUACAAUAUAAGAAAAUAUAAAAGUGUGCUAUUAUUUUUGAUUUGAUGAAAGGAAACCACAUUUCUGAAGAAAAUUUGAUAUUUAAUUUUUUGGGUCUGAUUUCAAUAUUAAUUAUUAUAUGAUGUACAUAAAUCAUUUAACAAAUGAAAAAUUAAUUCUUCACCAAAUAAAUGUGCUGAAAGCAACAUAAAACCACUCUAAAGUUUACUUCCUCACAUUAUUUCAUACAAUAACCUAAUAAUAACUGUUUUCCACACCUUGUGAAAUCAUGUGUCGUGCCAAAGAGCAUUCAAGCAUAUUAAAUAUUACAUAUUUUCUAUUAUUUAUUUUUGUUUUAUAAAUUUUCCCAUUAUAAAUGUACAUUUUUAUGAUAUCAUUACUCCUUGUUCAUAAUACAACUUAAACACCUUAAUGUUUCGUUUUCGGUUUAAGGUUAUCAUAAUUGUUAAAAGUGUUGAUUGCAUCACAAGCAGACAAUUAAGAAUUCUUCCCCCCCCCCCCCAAUUUUAAAUCAUAAACAAUGUAGAUUAUAGAUAGUCAAUAAUUGAUAGUUUGUGUAAAAAACAACUGACCUGGCUAUAACACAUCUUAAUCGCCUUAAAAAUUUCGUUUUGGUUAAGGUUAAUUACUUAAUGUGUUUUUGGCAGUCAUUUAUGUAUUAUUAAAGUUAUAUUUCCCUACUUAUUCAUGGUCUUUUAUCAACAUUGAAAUUAUUGUAACAUUAAACUUAAAUGACUUGGAUUUUACUUCCACUUUCACCUAAGUGAUUUUGUUACACUAAACAAGCUCAGUUCUGAUGCUAUUGAUAUAUAUAUAUAUAUUAAUUUAGAGUUGGCUAUGAACGUGAUAUCUAUGCAUAUAAGUAGCUCAAAUUUUCAUUAAUUCAUUUUUUUCUUAUCAAUUGAUGGUUGUUGCUAGAUAUCACAGAUUAAUUGCAUUAGAUAUCUUUCAGUAUGAAUAGAUAUAUGAAUGUUUGUACAUAUUAUAAAUAUGCCUUUUCUUUUAAUCAUUUAUAUUAAUUAUACAUAUAGAUCUUGUAUUUAUAUUGACUGUAUAUAUGAUCCUCUGUACAAAUUUUAAUAUGCAUUUAAUUAUUACAUUCAAUAUUAUGUAAAAGCUCUUUAGUAAUGGAUGAAAUAAGAUAAUGAUAGUAAUGAUGGUAAUAAUAAUACAUGUAAUUCAAGCAGACAAUUAAAACCAAUUUAAGAUAUCUUUACUAUCAGUGGUGUUAUUGGCUAGGUCAAAUAAAAAUAAACAAAGAAUUUACACUGAAUAUUGUAGUCUUAAAUGUGAAUAAGCAGGUGAUCCUUCCUCUGGAUCAUCUAACUAUUGACAUAAUGAACCUUUUAAAAAUGAUCUUAAUAGUGAGAUGGCCUUUAUUCCAGGUUGGUCUUAAGUAGGAAUUCUACUGUACAUUGAAUAUAAUCAAUUAUCAAUCAAUUACUCUCUUAAAGGAACUUUUUAUUUAAUUGAUGACGAGACACGUUUGAGUUAUCAAUCUUAAUUAAUUACAAUAAAAUCAGAAAGUAAUUGUUAUUUAAUCAAUUACUGAUCAAUUUAAUCAUCCCCAGGUCUGCGGAUGUCUAAUAUUUUGGAAGUAAAUACCUUAGGUGGUCUUUGGACUUAGGGUUGAGUACGAUAACUUACCUUAUUGACUGAUGUUUGUUGACAAAUGUGAUACAUCACCACAUUUUUGUUUUUGUUAUGUUUGUGUAAGUAUAAUUGUUAAAAAUUUGACAUUCAAAGUAUUGAUUUCUAUAAAUUUGAAAAUUAUCACUAUGUUGGAUUACAUGAACAUUAUAUAAUUUUAUUACGGAAUCAGUCUUAGUGAUGUUAAUUAGCUAUAUACAUGCAGGUCUAGCUUGGAGUUUAUAAGUGUAAGAAUUGACCAUGAAGGCGGAAGCCUUAAGUGGUAUAUUAUCAAUUAAUGAAAAUGAUAUAUUAUUUUGCCUUUGGUUUUUCCAACAUAAGAAUAUGUAUAAAGAGGAAAAAAAACAGCAGUAUAUACAUGUAAGAGUUUGUUAGCAGUUUAACAUUGGUUGUUUUCUUCUUUGGUAUAGUAACAAAUUUACAAGGUAUAUUAAAUUUUUCAUUUUCAAUACUGAUAUCUCUUAAUGUAUAAAAGUUUGUAUAUAUUUUUCAAUUCCAGUUUAGGUAAAGGAAGUUGUGAAACUUUUUGAUUUGCUAUCAAUAGUUUAAUCCUCUAGUCAGGUAGAAAUUCUUUGUCACAGUUUAUCGCAUACCUAGUGUGUAAAUAUAUUUGUUUCCUCUGAUCAGAAAAAGUGACAAUUGUUGUUCACUGGCAGAGAAAAUGUUAUUACUGAUUAGUAUCCAGGAAAGUGGUUAGGAGGAUCAACCAGUGAGAUAUAACCAAAAAAUUGAAAUUGUCAAAAGAGAAACUGAUCAUUGUCAGGGAACUGUAUUUAUUGCAUUUUUAUUCUAUAUUUAUAGCAGCAUGUCUCCAGAUUAAGCUAAUUUUAGUGAUUAUUUUUAGAAUAAGUUAGAUGAUAAAAUACCGUCAAGGAAACAAAGAAAGUAAUUUGUACAUUAGAUCUACAAAAAAUAGAUUUUUCUUCAAAUAUUUUAGCUCAUCUGGAGGUAUGCAGCUUUAAGUUCUAUGUUGACUAUUUAAAUGAAAUUUGUGUCUUGAAAUUUUUCUCAGGUGACCUGUUAAUAAUAUGUUUACAUUUACUUAGUAGUUUUUGUUGUUACCUGAAUAAAGACAUUCAUAAAACUG